CCCAGCAUGGUGAUGGCCGAGCCCCGGCGGCCCCCGGCGCUGCUGCCCCGCGGGCUCGGCCCUGUCCGCGUCGGCUUCUACGACAUCGAGGGCACGCUGGGCAAGGGCAACUUCGCCGUGGUGAAGCUGGCGCGGCACCGCAUCACCCGCAGCGAGGUGGCAAUAAAAAUCAUUGACAAGUCUCAGCUGGAUGCUGUGAAUCUGGAGAAGAUCUACAGGGAAGUGCAGAUAAUGAAGAUGCUGGAUCACCCACACAUCAUAAAGCUCUAUCAGGUGAUGGAGACCAAAAGCAUGUUGUACCUUGUGACAGAAUUUGCCAAAAAUGGAGAAAUUUUCGAUUACCUGGCCAGCCAUGGCCGCCUGAGCGAGUCCGAGGCCCGGCGCAAGUUCUGGCAGAUCCUGUCGGCGGUGGAGUAUUGCCAUGGCAGGAAGAUCGUGCACAGGGACCUGAAGGCUGAGAACCUCCUGCUGGACAACAACAUGAACAUCAAAAUAGCAGAUUUUGGCUUUGGGAAUUUCUAUAAGAGUGGUGAACCUCUGACAACGUGGUGUGGGAGCCCCCCCUAUGCAGCCCCAGAAGUCUUUGAAGGCCAGCAGUACGAGGGACCCCAGCUGGAUAUCUGGAGCAUGGGGGUGGUGCUCUACGUGCUGGUGUGUGGAGCUUUACCUUUUGAUGGACCAACCCUCCCCAUCCUGAGGCAAAGAGUUCUGGAAGGAAGGUUCAGGAUCCCCUAUUUUAUGUCAGAAGAGUGUGAGCACCUGAUUAGAAGAAUGCUGGUCCUGGACCCCUCCAAAAGGUUGACUAUUGCUCAGAUUAAGGAGCACAAGUGGAUGCUUGUAGAAGUUCCUGCCCAGAGGCCAAUUCUUUACCCACCAGGAGAGGAGAACGAGCCUUCCCUCGGGGAGUACAACGAGCAGGUCCUGAGGCUGAUGCACAGCCUUGGCAUAGACCAGCAGAAAACUGUGGAGUCCCUGCAGAACAAGAGCUACAACCACUUUGCUGCCAUCUAUUACCUGCUGGUGGAGAGGCUCAAGUCUCACCGGAGCAGCUUCCCGGUGGAGCAGAGGGUGGACGCGCGGCAGCGCCGGCCCAGCACCAUCGCCGAGCAGACCAUGGCCAAGGCCCAGGCUGUGGUACCCUCAGUGAACCUGCACUCACAGAAUGCAAGGCUCUUGCAGUCCCCGGGUCUCCCCUCAGCCUCAGGAGCAGAAGCCUUUUCCUUCCCUCCAUCCAACUGCCAGGGAGAGGCAGCAUUUAUGGAGGAGGAAAGAGUUGAGACACCAAAGGUCAACGGCUGCCUGCUGGACCCCGUGCCCCCCGUGGUGAUGAGGAAAGGAUGCCAGUCCCUGCCCAGCAGCAUGAUGGAAACGUCCAUUGAUGAAGGGAUAGAGACAGAAGGGGAGGCAGAGGAUGACCCUGCCCAGGCGUUUGCAGCCCUCCAAGCAGCUCGUGUUGGGAAGAGGCGUCACACCCUGGCAGAGGUCACCAACCAGCUGGUGAUGGUGCCAGGCACAGGGAAAGUGUAUUCAUUGGGUGAGAACUCCUCCCUGGGCAGCAUCGACUCCGAGUACGACAUGGGAUCCAUCCAGAGGGACAUGAAAUUCCUGGGAGAGACCCCCUCCUUGAAGGAAAUGGUGCUGAGCAACCAGCAGGCCCCUCGGAUGACCCCCCCUUUCAUCGGGCUGAGACCUGCCAACCCAGCCAUGCAGGCCCUGAGCUCCCAAAAAAGGGAGGCCCACAACCGCUCCCCCGUCAGCUUCCGAGAGGGACGGAGGGCCUCCGACACCUCCCUCACACAAGGAAUUGUAGCAUUCAGGCAGCACCUCCAGAACCUGGCACGAACCAAAGGAAUCCUGGAACUGAACAAGGUCCAGCUGCUCUAUGAACAGAUGGGGUCAGAAGAGGAGCCUUCCCUGACAUCAGCUGCCACCCAGCUGCAGGAGCUCAUGAACAGCCCUGCACAGGAGGAACCAUCCCAGCAGCAGCAGCAGCAGGAGGCCUCCCCUGCUUUCCCUAAUGGUGCACAUCCCCCAGUGUUGUCCAGAAGGCAGAGCCUGGAAACACAGUACCUGAAACACAGGCUGCAGAAGCCCACUCUGCUCUCAAAAGCUCAGAACACUUGCCAGCUCUACUGCAAAGAACUGCCCCGGAGUCUGGAACAGCAGCUACAGGAGCACAGGUUGCACCAGAAGCGGCUCUUCCUGCAGAAGCAGUCCCAGCUCCAAGCCUACUUCAACCAGAUGCAAAUCGCCGAGAGCUCCUACCCGAGGUCAGCCCAGCUGCCCCUGCCCUGCCAGGAGGAGCCCCAGCAGCCCCAGCAGCAGCAGCAGCCGGCCCAGUUCAGCCUGCAGCAGCCCCUGAGCCCUGUGCUGGAGCCCUCCCAGGAACAGAUGCAAUACGACCCCUUCCUCAGCCAGUACCAGAAGGUCCCGCUGGACCCGCUGCCCUCCCAGCUCAGCAGCUCCUCCAGGCUGUCCUCGCCCGUGCAGGUGCAGCAGCAGCCACCACAGCCCUUACAAUACUCCUAUCAGACUUGUGACUUGCCCGUGGUCCCCUCCUCCGAGCCAGACUACCCCGAGCAGUGCCAGUACCCCCUGGACCCGGCCCCCCAGAGCAGUGUAGCAUUGCCCGACAGCCAGGGCAGCUCUGCCUCCCCCGAGCCCCAGCCCAGCUACGACCCCCUAACCCUGGCAGAGCUGCCUGGACUCUUUGAUUGUGAAAUGAUGGAGACUGUAGACCCCCAGCACAGUGGCUACGUCCUGGUGAAUUAGUGCCGCCGACGUGCGAGACAGGACGAGUGGGAGAAGCAUGUGAAUUUUUUGGGGUUUGGUUUUUUUGUUUUUUUUUUUUAAGUUCCCACCCCAGAAUUCGUGGUAAUUUUUUUAAACCCUUGAAUUAGCAGGGGAACUAAAAAAAAAAUCCACCUGGCUGGAGGAAAAAAAAAAACAAAAGGAAAAAAAAAAGAAAAAGCAGGAGGUCUCAAGAGGUGUUUGGCCACUGGCUCCUCUGGCAGUGGCAGAGGCUGGAGAACAGAGAGUGCAGCUUCAUCCCACAGAGUCUGCAUAGAAGGAGGCAAAAAAAGGUGAGUUUUAGAGGAAGGAAAUAGCCCCCUCUAAAAAAUUUGGGGAGUUGGUCAGCGUUCAUCCAACAUUCGCUUGGAGGAAGGAGAGCGAGCGUGCACUGUAUCCUACUUCUUGGCAAUAAAAGCAAUAGUUCCCAUUGAAAUUCAGGGUAGAUUUGGGUCUGCACUGAUGGCAACAUGAGGUGGAAAUAAGGGAAAGUCACACUUUGGCAUCCAGCUGCUGGUUAAGCUGCUGAUCUGGAACUGCUCCGGGGUAAGUCCGAGAUCACCGGGUGUCUCAGGCAGCCUCCGCUCCCUCCUGCAAGCAAACAGUGUUUCCCGAGCCUGCCAAGGAGCUCUUCUGCUCCAGGAACCUGGAUCUCUGCUGUGGGGACACCUUGACUUUGUCAAAAGAUACCUGGAACUCACACAGGGCACCACAGAGGUUCGUGGAGACCUCUGGGUGGGGAUCAGAGUCCUGGAGGAUAAAGGAUUUACUAAGAGAGAGACAGAAGGUGAGAAGGACCAGGAGAGAAAGCAAGAGCUGCAGCCAGGGGCAUUAAAAAAUAAUAAAAUCCACCUGGGUGGCUUUUGAAAUCACCCCCUUUUUGCAGGCAGGCCUUGAGGAGGGCUCUGUCCUGGAGAAGUUCUGGUGGCUGGAAAGGAUCCAUCUGUCCUUCGGUUGCGUUUGGAAAAACAAGCAAACAAACUGUGUUUUGAAAUUUGCAGUAUGUGUUGCUGGUGGUUUGUUGAGCUUUGUAUAUUUGGACAAUUAUUUAGGGUUUUAGAACUUAAGGGUAAAAACAAUGAGCUAAAAAAAAAAAAAGCAAACAAAAAAAACACCCCUGUGAAGUGA